AUGAGACAUGAGGUUAAUAGUAGUAUUAGUAGUAGUAAUAGUAGUAGUAAUAGUAGUAAUAGUAGUACUAGUAGUAGUAGUAGUAAUAGUAGUAGUAGUAAUAGUAGUAGUAAUCGUAGUAAUAGCAGUAAUAGUAGUAGUAGUAAUAGUAGUAGUAAUCGUAGGAAUAGCAGUAAUAGUAGUAGUAGUAAUAGUAGUAGUAAUAGUAGUAAUAGUAGUAGUAAUAGUAGUAGUAGUAAUAGUAGUAGUAAUAGUAGUAAUAGUAAUAGUAGUAGUAAUAGUAGUAAUAGUAAUAGUAGUAAUAGUAAUGGUAGUAAUAGUAGUAAUAGUAAUAGUAGUAAUAGUAAUAGUAGUAGUAAUAGUAGUAAUAGUAGUAGUAGUAAUAGUAGUAAUAGUAGUAAUAGUAAUAGUAGUAGUAAAAGUAAUAGUAGUAUUAGCAAAAUAAAUAGUAGUAAUAGUAGUAAUAGUAGUAGUAGUAGUAGUAGUAGUAGCAGUAAUAGUAAUAGUAGUGAUAGUAGUAACAGUAGUAAUAGUAGCAGUAGAAGCAGUAAUAGUAAUAGUAGUAAUAGUAGUAACAGUAGUAACAGUAGUAAUAGUAGCAGUAGUAGCAGUAAUAUUAAUAUUAGUAGUAGUAAUAGUAGUAGUAGUAGUAGUAGUAGUAAUCGUAGUAAUAGCAGUAAUAGUAGUAGUAGUAAUAGUAGUAGUAAUAGUAGUAAUAGUAGUAGUAAUAGUAGUAAAAGUAGUAGUAGUAGUAGUAGUAGUAAUAAUAGUAAUAGUAAUAGUAGUAUUAGUAGUAGUAAUAGUAGUAGUAAUAGUAGUAAUAGUAAU